CCUUGGAUUUCCAACCUUCAAAGCUGCAUUUCUCUUUUUGCAACAACAGAUAUUCUCCCCACAAACAUUUUUUUUUUUUUGAACAUUUUCUUCCUUCACUUGUCUUCUUUUUUAUUUUUAUUUUUAAAAGGGUCAAGUUCUGAUCUGAGACUCAGAGAGAGAGAGUAACUGGGGAAGAAAGCAGUGAACUUUGCUAUUUUAGUGUAAAAAAAAAUCAUAAAGUUGAUCCCUUCGGUUACAGGCCAAAGAAGAAGAAAAUGAUUGCUACUACUAGUAAGGAAGAUGGGAAAUGGAGUGAAGCAAAUGAUAACUUGAGGACUUUGGAGUGUCUGAGAGGAAGAUUAAUUGCAGAAAGACAAGCUUCAAGGGCUGCAAAAGAUGAUGCAGAACUAAUGGGAAUCAAGCUGAUAGAGCUGGAGAAUAAACUCAAGGAAGAGAAUAAAUUGAGGAAUAAAGCUGAAAAGAAACUGAAAUUUUUGAAAAAGAAGCUUGAGUCCUUGAAGAUAACAUUUACUUUGAAUGAAUCAGAGCAAUCUAGUUCUUCAGAAAACUCUGCACAUUCUUGUAAAUCAUCAUCCGCAAGCACUUCAGGCCUCAAAGACAUAGAAGAAUCUGAAUCCAAGUCACAGAUCACAACUCCAGAAAUCUCAGAAUCCAAUACAUCUAAUCAAAGCCAUGAAAGUUCUUCCAUUCAAGAGAAUUCGGUGUCAGAAGAUCCUCCACAUGAAAUAACAAUACACAAAUCAAGUCCAAUUUGUCAAGAUUCAGAGGUUGAUAAUCACAGCUCUGCAACCAUGAAAACUUCAAUGGAAGCUGGGAAUGAGAGGGAUAAAGAAGAAGAUUAUGUGGAUAACUCAAUGGCAAUAGUUCCUGUGACUUUCCCAAAGAAAUCCCAGGAGACAAAUGAACUGAAGAUAAGGAGUGGAAGUGCUAAAGAAGCUCUUGAUGCACUAAGGCUUGCCAGAGAAAGGAUUCAGAAUUCCAUGGAAAGAGGAAGACCUAUGAUUAGAGUUGGCCCUUCUUAAAAUUUAUGCAUGUAAUAUAAUACUAAUAAUUUCAUCUUUUAGAUAAUACAACAGGAAGAAAGAGCUCUGUUCUUUUAGCAUUGAAGCUAAAUGGCUACUAGUACUACCCCCAAGGUACACUUAAAUAUAGUUAUGGUUUAAGUUAACAUUUG